CCGCCCGCCCUACUUUCUCUGCCCCCACAUAUAGCAUGCCACACUUCUUGCUUGGUUUCAGUCACUCAGCAUUCCUCUUCACCAUCCUCUUCUCUGAAGCUAACUCGGAAGACGCCACCAUGGCAAACACGAUGGUCAUCCAGCAGCCCAAGCCCUUUGUUCAGGCCAUUACCUCAAACCAAUGGAGCUCCGAAAUCUGUGACUGCACCAAGGAUAUGUCUUCAUGUUGCUUAGCAUUCUGGUGCUUCCCCUGCUUUGCCUGUAUAACGGCGAGGGAGGCUGGGGAGUGCCUGUGUCUGCCCCUGCUAAAUGGCUUCGGCCUUAUCCCCCCCGCCACCAUGUCCCUGAGGGUGGGGAUCCGCCAGCGCUACGGCAUCGAGGGCACCAUGUGUAAUGACUGUGUCUAUUCCUUCUUCUGCGGGCCCUGCACCUGGUGUCAAAUGUCAAGAGAGAUGAAGACCCGCCUCCAACCAGUCACUCUCAUCAACCCACAUGUAAGAUAAGGACAGACCUCGUUCUUCCUCAUCCUCUUCUUCGGCAUCAUGCACCAUCAUCAUCAUAUAUCCCUCCUCUUCAUCCUCUUCCUCCUCCACCUUCAUAAUAGUCAUUAGACUAAUAAUAAUCAACAUCAUCAUCAUUAGACUCAUGUUCAUGGAAUAGUAACAAUACCAAGCCUUAUCGCGGACUGCACUUUCUACUACAGGAAGCUGCUGAUGGGAGGACGGCUCAUAAUAAUGUCCGGAAUGGAGCAAAUGGUGUAUUUGAUACCAUUCCAUUAAUUCCGCUCCAGCCAUUACUACGGGCCCGUCCUCCACAAUUAAAGGGCCACCAAUCUCCUGUGCUUUCUAUCCUCUGUUGACUCUUCUAUCACCGCUCACUGUCACCAAACUCGUCACCAUUGAACGUCACACACGUGUACACCUGUACUGUGAGCCACCCAAAACUGUUCUCCAUUCAGUUUCAAGCAGGUCUGCAAUAGUAUCCUGUUCUUAGGUUGUUCACGUUCACUUCUGCCGUACUGAUAGCUGAAAUAGUUUACUCUGUAUCUGUAAAGGCCCUUUAGAUUUUUUGGGGUGUGUGAAAGAUGAAUGAAUAUGUAUGUAUAAAUAAGUUUCCAAAACCCUUUUGAAAACUGGACUUUUUUAUCUACCACUAUGCUAAAUGUACAAAACAUGUGCAAAUGUAUUGUAGAAACAUAUACGAGAGAAAUAGGUGUGACACAUUUCCAAACAACAAAACAUACAUUCAGAUAUAUCGUUCAUGUUUGCAGUAUAAAUGUAUCUUAAUUAAUGGUGAAUAAAUUAUUAAAAGAUGA